AUGCGUCAUGAACCCCAGGACCGAAAGCCACAUGGCCGGAGGAAGCAGCGCAGGACCGACAAGAAUACCGGGCAAUCUGACUGGCCCCCUGCCUUGCCCGAAAGCUUGUGGAUGAAGGUUUUUGAUAGUGUCAAGGCUGCAGACUCCGCCAAAGCUUCCGCGCUGGACGUUCCCGGCUUGUCGUCUCACAAGGUGCAGCAGAUGGUGUGGUGCUUGGCCGAAGCCAGACGCGAGCAGGAGCGACUGUUUCUUUCCAAGAACGCGGGCCACCUGUCCAUCGGUUUGAUGCACGACGGCCGUGGGCGUCAUGUGGCAGUCCGAUACCGUGCCGUGAACGACCAGCUCGAAGACCGAUGUGGACUCCUGGCCCUCACGUCCUGCCCCGGAGGCGCCAAGGAGCUGGCCGACGGCAUCCGCAAGGCAAUAGACAUCUUUUUUACUCGCGGAGCGGGCGCCUUGAACGAUGUCCGAGGCGUUAAGGACGAGGCCAGCGCGUUUCAGUUCUCUCGCAGUGUGCAGGCGCAGUGCGCAGAUGGUGCGGCCUACGCUCAACUGGCAUGCCGCGAGCUGGACACGGUGUUCCCGGGUCUGAUUGCCAUUGUGCGAGACCGGGGACACGCCGUCAUCAACACGAUGAAGCAUGCGACUGAGGCCGACGAGGUGCUCCGAGCGUUCAAAGAGAAGUUCGUGAGUGGGCCGAUGUCCGUUGCCAAGGAGCUGACACAUUGCCAGGCUUUCAGAACGUCCUUCGAAUUGGCCCGAAAAGCUCAGGAAGAGACCGAGAAGAGGCCGGACCGAAAGAUGCCUCUGAUGCUGUCUUUGCAGCAGCUUGUUCGCGCGCCAUCACUUUUCGAGUACUAA